GCAUGGCCGUUUGCUGAAUCCUCUUGGCUCUCUCUCUGUGUGCCCACACACAACGCCUGCUGGCAGCCAGGCGGAUAGGCAGGGCAGCGUGUGCCAACACAGCUGCCUAUUGAGAGGCAGCGUUACGGACACAAUGUGAGCGACAGACUUGCUGUAUCAACAGCUCCCCCUUUUCUGCUGUUGUGGCCAGAAAUAAACCAUAAAUACCCCCCCCACCAUCCCUGCGGUCUAAUGGCUCAACCCCACCAAACACCAAGUGGCAGCGAAAAAAGAGGGACACUACCGCUUCCUAGCAGGCAUACUCAGUGGAGGAGCAGUGGAUCAGGAGGAUGUCGGAGCAGCAAAGUGCCCCGGAGCAGCUAGCUGCUGGGAAGAGCCAGGGUGGAGCUGGAGCCACAUACAAGGUGGUGCUGUUUGAGUUUGAAAAUUUCCAGGGCUGCAAGGCAGAGUUUUCUGCAGAGUGUAAAGAUGUGACAGAGAAGGGACUGCAGAAGGUCAGCUCUGUGAUUGUUGAGUCAGGACCCUGGGUGGGUUAUGAUCGGCAUGGGUUCACAGGGGAGCAGUUUAUUCUGGAGAAAGGAGAGUAUCCACGCUGGGACACCUGGACCAACAGUCAGAACAGCUACUCCCUCUUGUCUCUAAGGCCACUCAAAGUGGAUGGUGCUGAACACAAGCUGCACCUGUAUGAAAAUCCUAGUUUUACUGGCAGAAAGAUGGAGAUCGUUGACGAUGAUGUGCCCAGUUUGUGGGGCCAUGGUUUUCAGGACCGUGUAGCAAGCAUCAAAGCUCUCAAUGGAACAUGGGUUGGCUACAUGUACCCAGGCUACAGAGGUCGCCAGUUUGUCUUUGAGCGAGGAGAUUUCAAGCAUUGGAAUGACUGGGAGGCCCCCGCUCCCCAGAUCCAGUCUGUCCGACGUGUGCGAGACAUGCAGUGGCACAAGAGGGGCUGUUUCAUCGUUCCCGACCCAGCUCCGGCUCCCGGCCCCGAUCCCGACCCUGCCCCAGCACCUCCUGCCCCUCCUGCUACAGCUGGAGCCAGCUGAGCAGGACCCUCGCCUGCCUCCCAAACCCCUCCCACAGCCUUCCCCACGCUGCCGACAGUGCCUGCCCUCUGCCUUAACCUAACCACGGCAAACGCUGCUUGUGCCCAGUGAGGAGUGCCAUGUAUGUAUCAGUGGCGAAUAAAAGUUGUUUGACCUGGAGUUUAUUGGUGAUGUUGUACUUCAAGUCAAGGUGGAGAUGGCUUUAACUAAAGGUUUGGAAAAAAAAUAAAAACACUAUCAGAGAUGUCACACUGACAUCUAUGUGGAGAUAAUGUAGCCUACAUCUGGCAGAUAUUUUUCCUCGAGAUAAGCUGCAGAUGUGUGCCGCUCUCAUUGCAUGUGUUUUCCUAUUCUAGUCAGACAGCUGAAAACCUCAUCGAGCAUUAGGAACACAUGACUUAUUCAAUGCAUAUGUGGAUACGCGUUUGCCUAACAGAAAUGGAAAUGAUGUCAUGCUGUAUGUAUGCUUGC